AUGUCUGGUAACGACUACGUGAGCUCGAAAGAGCCUUCUUCACCCAACACUUCGUCCGACCCUGUGCCGCUACUUGCGCUGCCAUCCAAGAAGGGGCCAUGGCAGAAGUUUGUCUCUUGGAUCUGGGACUCUGACUACUACGAAAAGUCGGAUGCCGAGCGCACACUUGUCUUCAAGCUCGACUGCUUCAUGCUCACAGCCAUGACCCUCGGCUGGUGGGUCAAAAACCUCGACCAAUCCAACGCACCUUACGUCUCGGGUAUGAGAGAGUCCCUCCACAUUACUGGGAACCAGUACACCUACAUGACGACCAUCUACUCUGCUGUCGUCUGCGUCAUGCAGAUUCCCAGCAACUUUAUCGUCCUCAAAGUCCGGCCUUCAUGGUUUCUCGCAGCCUCGGAAAUCGGGUGGGGUGUAUUUACGUUUGCCCAAGCUGGAGCGCAGAGCUAUCAAGCCAUGUACGGAUUCCGAUUCUGCAUAGCCCUCUUCGAAUCCUUCUACUACCCCGUCGCCUUCUUCCUCCUCGGCUCAUGGUACACCAAAAAAGAGCUCGGCAAACGUAUCUCUCUCUGGUUCGUGGCCAGUCCCGCCGGAAGCGCCUUUUCAGGCUACAUGCAAGCGGGGAUUUAUAAGAGUAUGAAUGGGCUGCAUGGGUUGGAAGGGUGGAGGUGGUUGUAUAUCAUUUGUGGCGUUGUCACGAUCCCAAUAGGAUUCCUGAUAUUCUUCCUCGUCCCCGACUUCCCAUCCAACACCAACACCUGGUACCUCACCCCAGCCGAACGCGAGCUCGCCCUCGCCCGCUGCGCCCGAAACGGCACCGACACCGUCUCCUCCAGAAUCAAGAAAUCCACCAUCCUCUCCGCCCUCAAAUCCUGGCAAUUCCUCAUCCUCGUACCCUGGUUCAUGCUGCACGGGCUCGAAACCAACAACGGUAGACAAUUCGCCAACUAUCUCAGAGGCUUUUCGUACUCUGUUUCUGCGCGCAAUAUUCUGCCGUCGACGAUGUACGUUAUCCAGAUCCCUUGUAUCAUCUUUUACGCCUAUCUUUCGGAUAGGCUAGCGAGUAAAGGAAGGGUGUGGGUGAUAGCGGCAGUAUGCGCUUGGGCGAUGGUACCCACUGGCAUCUUGGGUCUUUGGGCCCCGAGCGAGGGGGCGAGGAUGUUUGCUUUCCUCGCUAAUGGCUCUGUGUAUGUCACACCGCUGUUUUUUACGUGGGUGGCAGAGCUUUGUCAUGGAGAGACUGAAAAGCGGGCUUUCAUCACGGGUGCUAUUUGUUGUUGGUGGUACUGUGUUGACGCGUGGCUCCCUACGAUCAUCUGGCUCCAAACGGACGGGCCGAGGUUCAAGAAAGGUUUCCUCACUUCUUUCUGCGCUGCGGUGUUUGCUUUUGUAGGGGUGUUUGUCAUCCAGUUCUUCCAAGUGCGUGAUCAACGGAUUGCUCGUCGUCUACAGGAGCAGAGGGAAGAAGAAGGUGGCGAGGCUGGUGGUGUUGGUGUUGAAAAAAGGGAUGAUGGGGUAGAGGAUGGAGACGUGGAGGAGAAGGUUGGAGUUGAAAGUGUCCCGGGAGAGUUGUUGAGACCCUAA